CAUAAAACGAGCAGAGAACGUUCUUUGCCUACAUUACAUAGAAUUUUAAACGCCUGUGUAUACUCGUGAAUAGAGCUUGUGUCUUUGCUAGGUGUACUCAAUCGCAAUAUCGGUGUUUCUGGAAUUUGCUUACUCAUAGUUAGCAAUUUGUAAAUUAUCGUUUUUAAAUAAGGUUAAAAAUGGUGAAAGAAACAACCUACUAUGACAUAUUGGGUGUCAAACCCACCUGUACGACGGAUGAGUUGAAGAAGGCAUACAGAAAACUUGCACUUAAGUAUCAUCCUGAUAAGAAUCCUAAUGAAGGAGAGCGCUUUAAACAAAUCUCACAGGCUUAUGAAGUACUUUCUAAUCCAGACAAAAGAAGAAUAUAUGAUCAAGGUGGUGAACAGGCUUUGAAAGAAGGUGGUGGUGGAGGCAGUGGCUUCUCAUCACCGAUGGACUUGUUUGAUAUGUUCUUUGGCAGUGGAUACAGUGGAGGAAGACGACGCGGUCGCGAAAGGAAAGGCAAAGAUGUCAUUCAUCAACUAUCUGUCACGCUGGAAGAGCUUUACAAAGGGGCUGUUCGUAAGCUAGCCUUACAGAAGAAUGUCAUCUGUGAGAAAUGUGAAGGUCGUGGAGGGAAGAAGGGUGCAGUGUUAGUAUGCCCGACAUGCCGAGGUACAGGAAUGCAGGUUCAGAUCCAACAACUGGGACCGGGAAUGAUCCAACAAAUCCAAACAGUCUGCUCUGAAUGCAGAGGUCAACGUGAAAUCAUAGAUCCUAAAGAUCGUUGCAAAGUUUGCCAGGGUCGUAAGACAGUACGAGAUCGUAAAAUCAUUGAAGUGCAUAUAGACAAGGGUAUGACAGACGGACAGAAGAUUAUGUUUAGCGGUGAGGGUGACCAGGAACCAGAGUUGGAGCCGGGUGAUCUUAUUAUAGUAUUAGAUGAGAAGGAACAUGAGGUUUUCAAACGUACUGGUAAUGACCUCAUUAUAAGAAUUAAUAUAGAAUUGGUAGAGGCUCUGUGUGGGUUCCAGAAGGUAAUAAGAACUUUAGAUGAUAGAGAUAUUGUGAUAACUGUGUUACCGGGAGAAGUGACAAAGCAUGGUGAAGUGAAGUGUGUUUUGAAUGAAGGUAUGCCCAUGUACAAAAAUCCAUUUGAAAAAGGCCAGCUGAUUAUGCAGUUCUUGGUUAAUUUCCCCAAUCGCAUUCCUCCUGAAGUCAUUCCAGCAUUGGAGAACUGCCUACCACCUAGACCUAUGGUGGAGAUUCCAGAGUUAGCGGAAGAAUGUCAGCUCAUGGAUCUAGAUCCGGAACAGGAGUCUCGCCGUCGACGAGCCCACCAGGGUAAUGCAUAUGAAGAGGACGAUGACCAUUCGGGCGUCAAUAGAGUGCAAUGUGCUACUGGCUGAAUCUCAUACAAUACUUAAUCACCUUACUUCUACGCUAUAAACAUAUUGGACAGUAAUAGCACUAUGAUCACACACAUUUCAAUCUUAUACUAAGUAAAUAGAAAUCUGAUUUGUAGCUAUUUCAUAGCUGUUUCAUGACUUGCUUGUUAGUAUCAUCACUGGUUUUGAUGUAUUAUUUUCUGCAUUUGUAAGAUUUUAUUUAUACCUUUUUCAAAUCAUCGUCUAUUAACUGGGUCAUUUUAACAUAGUGUAUAAAUAUAUAGUGUCAGUAGCACCAUCUAGUGAUAUAUUGUGAAAUAAUACGGUUAAAAAUUCUUAAUGUUCAACAAUACUGCUGAAUAUAGUGUUCUGUCUUUCUGGUAGGUCUCAACUGUUAAUAAGUUGUAGCAAAAAUGGAAUUUAAUAUUUCUGUGAUUUGAUAUCUUCUAAAAAACAUUUAGUAUUAAUAGCCUCAUAUUAUAUAAAACUAUUUUUUACAAAGCAACUUGUUUGUUUGACAUUUUUAUUUUAAUACCCUGUCUGGUAUAUUUCAUAAAUUGUCUUUGGAACAUAAAAAUGUGAAAUAUAAAUAAGUUAUUUGUUUAAAAUAGAUAAAGUAUGAACUUCUAGACUAGACUUUGAAAUGUAACUGGCUGUUUCUAAAUAAAUUAGUGUAAAACUGAAUAUACAUACUUGUUGGAAGCUAUUCAGGAAAAUGCUUAUGGCGAGUUUCAUGGUUUUAAUUGAAGCAACAUGUUUGGGUGUGUAUGAAAUCCUAAAAAUAGUUAAAAGCUUAAAAUUGUGGUAAUUACGUAAAUAAAAAAAAUCUUCUCGAA